CACACACACACACACCCUCCCUCUCUCUCUCACUCUCACAGUCACUCAGUCAGUUGCAGCAACACACUCACUGAGAUCGGCAGCACAAAGCAGAGUCGCUCUCUUACCAGCCUCCAGACACACACACGACACACUUUGCCGCGGCAGGCACACACACGCUCAGACGCCUCCACGCACACCUUCUCAGUGACGGCCGCGGAGCUGAAGCAAAAAGGAAAGGAAGGAAAGAAGAAAACAACACCAGGGAAAGGAAGAUAAGAAGUAAAAGAAGAAGAGAAAAUAUCCUGAGAGAAAAACAGGAACAAAUUUAGAUAAAACUUCACUCAGGUUGUCCAAUUGAAGGGCUCCCUCCUGAGACCCCCCGCUGACUCAUAACAAGCACAACGUACUGGUCCGGGAGCUUCAUGUGAGUGUGCUCAUAACCAUCACUCCACCUCUGUGUGUGUGCGUGUGGCACCAUGCUGUGGACAGUGCUACUAGCGCUGCUGGUGAUUCUGCUGCUGCAGACUCAGCUGUCUGUGUGCUUAAGGGAAUUGCGCUCUGGGGGUUCCAGUUCUUCCGUCUACUCCCCUCCAUCAUCCUCUUCCUCCUUUUACAAUGCUACCCAGCAGCGGCUGCCCGGAGCUAUUAUCAUUGGCGUGCGGAAAGGUGGCACCAGAGCUCUGCUCGAGAUGCUCAAUCUGCAUCCAGAUGUGGAAGUGGCAAAGGCUGAGGUGCAUUAUUUCAAUGUGGAGGAGCACUACCGCAGAGGUCUGGCCUGGUACCGAGCCCAGAUGCCCUUCACCGUCCCGGGUCAACUGACAGUGGAAAAGACCCCAGGCUACUUCGCAGCUCCUCAGGUUCCUGCACGAGUUUCAGACAUGAACCCUGCUGUCCGCUUGCUACUCAUUGUCCGGGACCCAGCUGAGAGGCUGAUCUCUGACUACACCCAGGUUCUGCACAACCGCCUAACACGACACAAGCCCUACAAGCCCCUAGAGGAGCUCCUACUCCACAAGGGCCACAUUGAUCCUGGAUACAAGGCAUUGCAGAGGAGCCUCUAUCACCAGCACCUUGCCCGCUGGUUGGAGGUCUUCCCCAGGGAGCAGAUCCACGUGGUGGACGGAGAUGCGCUUAUUCGGGAUCCCUUCCCUGAGCUGAGAAAGGCAGAGAGGUUUUUGGACCUGCCGCCCAGGAUCAACCCGAGCAAUUUCUACUACAACACCACCAAGGGCUUCUACUGCCUCCUGUCGGCUGGACACGACAAGUGCCUGGACGAGUCUAAAGGCAGGCCACACGCUCCACUGAGUGGCCAAGCCUUGAAGAAGCUUUGUCGGUACUUCAGAAAGCCAAACAAGUUAUUCUUUGAAAUGGUGGGGAGGUCAUUUGCCUGGUGCUGAUCCAUUGAGCAGAGCAACAGGGACAAUGAAACGCCUCCGGAACAGUGCCGACACAUUCAGGGACGCAGAGGGAGAGAUAAAACUGUGUUUUUCUAGCUAGAUGAGUGGGAACAUUUAAAAAAAAAAUCUCUUUUUGUUGAUACCUACUCAGGUAUGAAUGUGGCCAACAUGUGCAGCACAUGUGGAGAAAACAAACUGCUGAUGUUGAACCCGUAGCCGACAUAAACCUUUACCAAGACCAUGUUGGUGCCUCCAGGGAAAACCUCACUUGCUGAAGCUACAACAGCCGUGCCAUACACAAGUCUGAAACUGAAAGUACAACUAACUCCCUGUUAGUUCUCAUGUGUGGGCCAUUAAAAGAAUAUGUGACGACUUUGAUGUGACGUAGAAAUAGAUGAGUGGUCAAAAGAUGGUUGCAUUAAUUGUUGCACUAUGAACUCCAGUUGCAUAAAAAGUCAAUCAAGGUUCAAUGCAAACGAUUUUAAAGAGAAAACAAGUCCUUGCUUUGAUUUUUCUGAACAACUGUCAAACUUUUUGUGUUAGCAAAACAUUUUAAUUUUCUCCUGAUGGUUAUUUUGGGCUAUUUUACUGAAUAGAUGCUCACGAGUUCUUUUGGAAGAGGCUCACUGAAAACUUGUUUUUGCUUUUUUUUACGCUCAAGGCCAGCAUAGUGCUAUUGCUAGUUUGUGUUUUUUUUUAAGAUGUCCUUCUAAUAAAUGUCUUCAGUCCUAAA